AUGCUGCCCCGCCCCCUCCUUCCUGUCCGCCCGGUGACUCGUCCGAGCUGCCACGUCUUCCCUCUGACGUCACCGCGAGCCGGCGCCCCCGCGGCCAAUGGGCAGCGCCGGCCGCCGCGCCGAGCCGACGGGGCCAAGGGAAGAAAGGCCGCUCAGGGCGCCUGCGCCGCCGCCGCCGCCGGGGCCGCCGGGAAAGCGAGUCCGCGCCGCCGCUCCCGCGCCGCGGCCGCCGCCGCGGGAGGACUCACUUUCCCGGCAUGCCCCGCCGCCGCCCCCCGGCCAUGUAAGCGCUGCUCGGCGAGCGGCCGCCCCGUUUCCUGGUUGGGCUCCGGCAGCCAUUUUGGGCUGAAGAGCAGCGAGCGCGGAGGCCGCGGAGCGGGCAGGGCGCCGGCGGAGGGGCAGGCCGAGCCGAGCGCCGGGCGAAGGCGGCGGGAGCCCUUGGACGCCUGCAUCCGCGGAGCGCCCGCCUCGGCGGCGGGAGGUGCCUGGCCGCUGCCGCCGCCCCCUCCUCGGAGCGCGCUCGCCGUCCCUCGGGCCGCGGGCCCCACGGACAUGUCCAGCAUGAAUCCCGAGUAUGACUAUUUAUUCAAGCUACUUCUGAUUGGAGACUCCGGUGUUGGGAAAUCUUGCCUUCUACUUAGGUUUGCAGAUGACACGUACACAGAAAGUUACAUCAGCACAAUUGGUGUGGACUUCAAAAUCAGAACUAUAGAACUAGAUGGGAAAACGAUCAAACUUCAAAUAUGGGACACAGCAGGACAGGAGAGAUUUCGAACUAUCACUUCCAGUUACUAUAGAGGAGCUCAUGGCAUCAUAGUUGUGUAUGAUGUUACGGAUCAGGAGUCUUUUAAUAAUGUAAAACAGUGGCUGCAGGAGAUAGACCGUUAUGCCAGUGAAAACGUCAACAAGUUGUUGGUGGGGAACAAAUGUGAUCUGACCACAAAGAAAGUAGUAGACUAUACAACAGCAAAGGAAUUUGCAGAUUCUCUUGGAAUUCCAUUUUUGGAAACCAGUGCAAAGAAUGCCACAAAUGUAGAACAGUCUUUCAUGACCAUGGCUGCUGAGAUUAAAAAACGAAUGGGUCCUGGAGCUACAGCUGGUGGUGCAGAGAAGUCCAAUGUUAAAAUUCAGAGCACUCCAGUCAAGCAGUCUAGUGGAGGUUGCUGCUAAAACUUGCCUCCCCCCUUUUGUCUCACAACAAUGAAUUUGCAAUCUGAACCCAAGUGAAAAAAAAUUGCCCGAAUUGUACUGUAUGUAGCUGCACUACAACAGAUUCUUACCGUCUCCACAAAGGUCAGAGAUUGUAAAUGGUCAAUACUGACUUUUUUUAUUCCCUUGACUCAAGACAGCUAGCUUCAUUUUCAGAACUGUUUUAAACCUUUGUGUGCUGGUUUAUAAACGUGUAAUCCUUGUUGCUUUUCCUGAUACCAGACUGUUUCCUGUGGUUGGUUAGGAUGUAUUUUUGUUUUGAUGUUUCUAUUGGCAUGUUUAGAUGUCAGGUUUAGUCUUCUGAAGAUGAAGUUCAGCCAUUUUGUAUCAAACAGCACAACAGUGUCUGUCACUUUCCAUGCAUAAAAUUUAGUAAGAUAUAUGUAAGAUCUGAUUUACUAGUUCCUUCUUGUAGAAUUAUAAAUGGAAAGAUCACACUAUCUGAUUAAUAGUUUCUUCAUACUCUGCAUAUAAUUUGUGGCUGCAGAAUAUUGUAAUUUGUUGCACAAUAUGUAACAAAACUGAAGAAAUGUUUAAUAAAUAUUGUACUUAUUGGAAGUAAUAUCAAACUGUAUGGUGAUAAAUAUUGUCUUAAUUUGUAUGGCUAAGGGGGAAAUCAGGCUUGCAUUGUGCACAAGAUAUAUCUUUGUGCAGCCAUGGCACUCAGCCCCUUUAGUAGACGAGAUACCUUUCCCACAAGUAAAACUAGUGACUGUGGCCCAAAAGACUGAGUUGUCGUGGUACUUAAGGCAUGUAUCCUGUACCUGGAACACCCAGCUGAUGUUCGUGGAGGCAUAAUGCAUUCUGAAUGUACAGCAGCUCCCUGUCUUAGUCUUGGAACUUAAUUUAUUUCUCAAGGACUUGAUUUAGGGAUUUUUGUCUGCCCUGUGUCGUAGGGGAGAACGGUAUUUUCCUAACAUGAACGACUUCAGCGUAACCUUGAGGAGGUGUAACUCUACCAGUACAUUAUGUCUUUUCUAUAUACUGUUACUUCCAUCCUCUUUUAAUCAAUACUCUUUUGACUUAGUGCAACAGCUUAGUUCCUAUUCUGUUAUGCAUAAAGGCAUCAGAAGGAUGACAUGGGGACAAGUGAUCUUACUGGUCAAGACCCCACACAAGACUUGCGCAAAGUAGGCGCCAUUUCAAACAAUUUGGAACUAACCAGCAGCCAAGAGGUUUUGGACAGUGUGUGAUUCUUUGUACAGAGCUAAUCAAAUCAUUAGUGCCUGAUGUCUAGCUAAAAGCCACAGGAAAGCUAGCCUAUAAACACUUCCUAUACAUGUAAAAUUGUUCAGCUUUAUCUAAACUCAAAUGUUCAGCCUAUUCUGUAAAUAGUCUCAUGUUUGAAAGACCAUGUAACAUUCCCCUAGUAGUAAAUACACCCUGUGAUAGUAAAAUAUAGCCUAGGUAUGUUGUGAGGUAUAAACUAAAACUGGUGCAAAUAUCCUUUUUUUUUUUUUUGUUGGGGGGAACUUUGGCUAACAGCUUUCUUCAACAUAGUUGCAUCAAUCAACAGGCAAUUGUAAUACAUAAAAAGUAUUGUCAUGGUUAAGUUGAACUCUUCCACUCAAGACCUUCACAAUAAAGUGAUGUGCUUUCUAUUAGAGAUGUGCUUGUUGGUAUAAUUCAUUAUAUGUGACUUGCUCCUAGGAAGCAGGAGCAGUAGGAGUAGUGAGUGUUGCUAAGAUCAGGAAAUGAACAGAAGGAGGUGUGUGUUGAGGGUAAAACAUCUUCCCUUCAGAGAACUGCACAAAUGAACUUAAAUGUCAAGAUGCCUGCUACAUACUAUCCAAAAUAAUGUUAAUAUAUACAGUAAUAAAAGCAUUGCAAAACCAA